AUGACCAAGGACUGGAAGCAGGCCGCUGCCGCGAAGAAACAACGCAUCAACGACUCAAUACCCAAAGAAUGGCGCAUUGAUACUUCCUCCCUUGGUGCGAGUGUCAUGGAUGUUCCCUCGACUUGCGGUCUGCUCAGCAAGUCAGAACUCGACAUUACGAACUCUUCCGCUACGGAUCUGGUAGCCAGACUUGCGACCGGCAGUCUCAAGGCCGUGGACGUCACAACAGCGUUCUGUAAACGAGCAGCCAUCUCGCACCAAGUCACCAACUGUGCAUUGGAGUUCUUCCCCGAGAUGGCGAUGCAGCAGGCCAAGGAGCUGGACGAGUUUUACGAGAAGAAUGGACGCACUGUUGGGCCUUUGCAUGGUUUGCCUAUUUCGCUCAAGGAUCAAUUACGUGUCAAGGGCUUAGAGACGACCAUGGGCUAUGUGUCUUGGAUUGACAAGUACGAUACUGAAGACUCCGUGCUCACUGCUUUGCUCAGAAAAGCGGGCGCUGUGUUCUACAUCAAGACUUCUGUACCGCAGAGUCUUAUGGUCUGCGAAACUGUGAACAACAUUACCGGACGUAGUGUCAACCCUCGUAACAAGAACUGGUCACCUGGUGGCUCUUCGGGAGGAGAAGGUGCGAACGUCGGCAUCAGAGGUGGUAUCAUCGGUGUCGGCACUGAUAUUGGUGGUUCCAUUCGCGUACCUUCUGCCUUCAACUUCUUGUAUGGACUCAGACCCAGUCAUGGAAGAAUGCCUUACGGUAAGAUGGCAAACAGUAUGGAAGGACAGGAGACUGUCCACAGCGUUGUUGGUCCUAUCGCUCAUUCCGUGCCUGACUUGCGCCUGUUCGUAACGUCAGUUCUUGAGCAAGAGCCAUGGAAGCACGACUCAAAGGUUAUUCCUAUGCCAUGGCGGCAAUCCGAGCACGACGCAACAGUUCAGAAGAUAAAGUCUGAGAAGCUGACUCUUGGUUUCUUCAACAAUGAUGGUGUAGUGAUGCCGCAUCCGCCAAUCCUCCGUGGCGUUGACAAAGUCGUCUCUACACUGCGAGAAAAUGGCCACACGCUCAUUGACUGGAAGCCCUACAAACACGACUAUGCCGUAGACCUCAUUCAAGGAAUCUACGCAUCAGACGCAGGGAAAGAUAUCCACACCGUACUCUCAGCAUCAGGCGAGCCCGCAAUCCCAAACAUCAACGACUUGGUAGACCCAACCAGGUCUGGCGCUGACAUUACCACGCUAUGGGAUGUCCAACUCCAAAAGUGGAACUUCCAGAUGGAAUACAUCGAGAAGUGGAAUCAGAUGGAGGAGAAGCUUGGUAAAGAGAUGGAUGCAUUCAUCAUGCCCAUCACGCCUACUGCUGCCAUCAGACACAAUCAAUUCAAGUACUAUGGCUAUGCAAGUGCGAUCAAUCUGCUUGACUUUACAAGCGUGGUUGUUCCUGUCACUUUUGCAGACAAGAAACUUGACAAGAAAAAUGACAACUUCAAUCCCAUGAAUGAUAUGGAUAAGCAGGCUUACCAUGGCGCUCCUAUUGCGGUACAGAUUGUAGGACGAAGACUUACGGAGGAAAAGACGAUGGCUAUUGCAGAAGAGGUCGGAAGACUCCUAGGCAAUGCCAUCACACCUUGA